AUGGAGGCGGCGCGGCCCCGCCCCCGUGUUUUGUUCUGCCGGCCCGCAGAUGGCUACGCGCGGAGCGCUCCCGGCGAGGCCCGGUCGGCGAAGCGCCGCGCGGAGGGCAUUGAAAACGGCUCUGGCAAAGAAGAGGAAGGUGGAACCUCAGGCACACAUCAGGGCAAACCCUCAGGUAAAGAUGAGAAGGCGUGGCGGGGCGGGACGCAGCGCGGAAGCUGUCUGCAGGGAAGCGAGAGCAGGGCUCCGGCCGAUCGGCGUCGCAGGAUGCCGGGAGCGCGGCAGCGGCAGCGGCAGGCCAGGCGGCAGCAGAGCGGGCGGCGGAGCGGGGCCCCGCGGAGGCCGCCUGAUGCCGGAGAUGCGCGGCGGGAACCCGAGCAGGUAAAGGGAGAAGAGAUGGUGCGGUGUUCAAACUGUGAUGAGACGCAUGUUCUCAUUUACUCCUGUAAUGGGAAGCUUAAUGAACAGUGGACCACGACUCCAGACAAAACCUCUAAAUCAAGGCUGGUGAAAGAACUGGGAAACCACAAUAUUGUUCAAAUAGCCUGUGGAGAUCAUCAUUCCAUGGCACUGUCCACAGGAGGUCAUCUCUUUACCUGGGGCUUGAAUACCCAUGGACAGCUUGGAGUGGGGAGCCAAGACCCACUCAUCACCAAGCCACAGCUGGUGAAAGGCCUACAGGGCAUCCCAAUUGCUCAAAUUGCUGCUGGAGGAGCUCACAGUGUUAUUGUGUCACUCUCUGGAGCUGUGUACUCCUGGGGAAAGAACGAUUUUGGACAGCUGGGACUCGGACACACAGAAGACAGGGAUUGCCCAUCAUAUGUUGAAGCAUUAGAGCACUGGAAGGCUGUAUUUAUCUCAUGUGGGGCAGACCACAAUGCAGUUCUUUCCAAGGAUGGUUUGGUGUACACCUUUGGAGCAGGAGGGGCUGGCCAGCUGGGUCACAACUCCACCCGGAAUGAAUUAACACCUCGUGUGGUGGCUGAACUGUGGGGAGCAAGAGUUUCACAGGUUGCCUGUGGAAGGCAGCACACCUUGGUCUACGUCCCAUCUUUGGACCAAGUCUAUUCGUUUGGUUCUUAUCAAGGACAGCUGGAAAGGGAGAGGAAAGCUAAUCAGUUGGUACCACUGCCCAUCAAUUCACCAGAGGAUAAUGGGAAAUUCUGUCAGGAAAACACAUCGCAAAACAUGACUGAAACUACUACAGAAAGAAAGGAAAAUAUCAUUGAUCUUCUCUUUAAGAAAAAGAAUUCCUAUCCUUUGAACGGAAUUGCCACUCUGAAUAGGAAAGAAGUGAAUGCAUGGAUUUCUAAUUCCAGUUCACAACAUUGGAAGACUAUAAAGAAGGUUAUCGGACUGGUCUUUUCAUCUGAGGCUUGCAUCAAUGGAAGUUUCUUGGAUAAAAGAGGCAAACAUUUCAGAACUUCCAAAGAAAUCUCAGGUGUAGACAUGACUAAAGUGCUACAGUUUUAUAAGAAAAUCAGCAAGAAUGCAGAAGUAUACCAGGAGGUUCAAAAGGAGAUUAAUAAUUUACUGCCAUCAUUGUCUUCUCCUGUUUCACCUGAAAAUUUCAGAGUCUACUUGAUCUUGCCUUUCCUUCUGCAGCAACAGAAUUCCAGCUCUUACAGUACUCUCAAGCUGCUAGCAGAAGCUAUCCUGAGGCUCCAGCAGAAGGACCUGCAAACUCUUGAAUGCCUGUGGUCAAAUCUAGAAAUAGACCAUUUCAAGAAUCUGGUUGUUAUAUUUAGGAGGGUUUCCCUGAACUCUCUGACUCAACUUUUCUGCAAUCAUUCUGUGGAAUACCCACAAAAAAUAGAGACCCUACAAAUACUGCAGAUUCUUUACCAGGUGAACUCCAGAGCUGGUUUCAAGCUACAAGACAACCUCUUCUAUAUACCUGAAAUGAAAGAGAUUAUCCAUGAUUUUCAUGUCAUGGGCAUAUCACUGACGGUGCUGAUUAAAUAUCCCUGCAUUUUUAACAUGAAGCACAAGCUGGCGAUUCAUCUUUUAGAAUGCAACAGACUGUCUUCAUAUUUCAACAUUCAUCCAGUCUUAAACAGCGUAUUUCACAAACAGUGGAUUUUUCCUGUCAGAAGAGAAUGCCUCCUGCAUGACAUCUGGAAUCAUUUAAGAAAUGCGAACAACAGCCAAUUCACACAUCUCUUAAACGUGCGCUUCAACGGCGAGGAAGGACAAGGAGAAGGGCUGCGCCUGGAGCUCUUCACAGUCGCCGCCAAGGCCCUCUGCGAUCCCCAGAGCGGUAUCUUCCGCCACUUCCCCUCCAGGCUGGUCUGGUUCCCCAGGCAGGCGUCAAGCCACGAUGACACCUUUCUGCUGGCGGGCACUCUGUUGGGAAUGGCCAUGUAUAACCAUUGCCAGACUCCCUUACCAUUCCCCAGGGUUCUCUUCAAGAAGAUGCGCGAUGUCGAGCCGACCCUGGAGGACCUGGAGGAGCUGAUACCAGCAGUUGGCAGGAAUCUUAAGAAUAUUUUGAAGGAAGAAUCUGAGCAUAAGCUUGAAAGCCUACAGAUGACCUUCGUGCAAAUGGAAGAAGGAGGUUCUGUGGUUGAGCUUAAAAAAAAUGGUGCCAACAUUCUUGUCACUAAGCAUAACAGGAAGGAAUUUGUUGACUUGUAUGUGAAUUACAUGUUGAAUGAAUCAGUACGGAAGCCAUUUGAAGACUUUAUGCGAGGUUUUUCAAGAGGCUGCCCAGCUGAAAGCUGGAAGAUGUUUCUCCCUGAUGAGCUCAUGAUUUUUCUCCUGGGACACACAAAUUAUGACUGGCAUCUGCUAAAGAAGAAUGUGAAAUACGUGCACUACAAAGAGUCACAUCAAACCAUCAAGAAUUUUUGGUCUGUGUUUCACAAGCUCCCAGAAGAAAAAAAGAAAAAAUUUCUUGCUUUUAUAACAGGAUCUGAUCGAAUCGUUCCUUUUGGACUAGAGUAUUUUGUAUUUUCUAUUGAAGACCCUCUGUUUGAAGAUCCAGAUAAUUUAUAUCCUUCUGCCCAGACCUGCAACUGCACUCUCUUUCUCCCCAAGUACAGCAGUAAAGAAAUACUUGAGGAAAAAUUACUCUCUGCCAUAGAGUAUAAUGAAGGUUUUGGCUUGAGGUAGCUCUUGGUCAGAAGCAUGUUAAAGCACAAACAAGAAAAGAAGUGGUUGUCUCACUUGUAGCAUUUUUCCUGAUUUAUUCUGGUGUAGUGAUUUCUAUUCUGCCUUAUUUUUACUGCACUUUAUAAAAACAAUUGAGUGUGUGUAUUCAACUGAGAAUGUUUAUUGAUUAUUAAAUCCUUGCAAGAAGCAACUUGGUAACCAAUUGUAUUUACAUAGGUGCUUAUCCUGCACUUUAGUGGUCUUAGUUGAUGAGCUUUCAACAGUAAGGUUUCUGUUAUUUGUACAUUAUCAAACACACAAUUAGCAUAUGCUAAGCAGUAAUCAGAGUAACAUUUUCAUCUGUAUUAGUUAAGGAUUCUUUUGGAAAACAAUCCAACUGUAAGGAACCAUAUUCCUUCAAACUUUAAAUUGAGGAGCAGCCUGUACUUGCCUGAAUAUGGCCUUUGAGUUAUCUGAGAGAAGUUCUAAGAUGAGGACUUGAUCAUUCCUAGAGUUUGCCAGGACAAAUCUGUAUUUGUAAUGGAUGUUUUAUUAGUCAGUGUGAUAAUAUUUGUUGUGUUGAUUUGCAUCUUCUAGGGAGUUGGCUGGUAAUUAAUAAACCAGAAUUUUAGCCUGCAGAACGUUCUGACUACAGAAUCUUGUGAACAUGAGGCUUGUGAGGCUGCUGGAAGCUCACUGCCAAAACUGACACUUAGCAACAGCAGGCAGGAUGUAAAGGCGGGAGGUUUAUUUUUUUCUGUAUGUUUUACUUUAUGUAAAAUAUAUGUUGUGAUUUUUCAGCAGUCCUCUUGCAUUUCUUAUAGUCAGUGGACAUACAUGUGUAACAAAGGCUUUUACUGUGCUAAAUUGAUUGAUUAAAUUUCUACACUCGUG